AUAUUAUAGUAUAUUUAAGUUAUAUAUCCGAUCUUGCAAUUGAAGUACAUUUUAAAAAAUCAUUUUCACUUUCGUUUAAAUUGUAGAAUUCCCAGAUAAUUUAUGAACGAUCGAUUUGAAAUACGGAUGUAAUAUUAAUCAGCAGGUUAAGAGUAAAUGGAGUAUGGGUUUACAGUAUGGACACUCCUUUAUUUUACUCUUUAUUUACGGAAAUGUAAAAGUUUCUCAUCAAUUAUCUACAAAUGACAAGAAUGCUUGUAAAUCUGACACAGGGAUAGAAUGUUGUUAUGGAUUUAUAUUAUCACAGGAUCGAUCAAAAUGUGAAGAUUGUCCAGCUGGUCUCUAUGGUAACAGCUGUUCAUAUAAGUGUCCAUAUGGGCAGUACGGGGUUCGCUGUAACUCCAAAUGCCCUAAGAAUUGUUCAGGGAAGCUGACUUGUGAUAGGGUAGAAGGAUGUCAAUUGAAAAACAUGUUUAGAAAAGCUAAAUUAAUUGUAACCACGAGCCAGAGAAAAGAGAGGUCAACGCCAUUUCCUACGGAAAGCCGAACGACAAAGAGACCCUCAACGGCCAUUCCAGAGGGAACAUCAGACAUCUACACAGAAGUAUUAUACAGAUCACAGAAUAGACAUGAACAAACAAGAGUUGUUUAUGUUAUAUAUAGUAGCGGUGGCGCUCUUGCUUUGGCCUGCAUAUUUCUUUUCAUAGUUGGAAUGAUCUUCGUUUUCAAACGUAUGGACAGGUCUAAAAUUGUACCUUUUCAUAAUGCUGACCAAAUCAUUUAUGAUGAAAUACCAGAAGAUCUGAUACCAAGUGACGCGGCGGUCAAACGUCCAGUUGUCAGUCCCCAACUAUUGGGCUACUACAACGAGAAUACCGACGGUCUGUUAUCAAAACAACAUUUUGGGAAUCUUGAUGGCUCCGAGCCUCCACCAUAUUAUAAUGAACAGAAAGAGUACGACUAUGCGUACCAGAAAAACAAUGAUUAUUACCUUAACCCUUAUAAUGCUCUUCAAACGACGGGAUAUUCAGACCACUUGUAUCAUGAUUUGAAAGAGUAAUUUAAAAGUGGAUUAUCUUUUUAAAUAUGGUUUCGCUUUAACUAUUUGCGAUGCAGAUUAUUAUAGCACAGUUGGUAAUAUUUCGUCUUAUUUAAUUAAGAAUAUUUCAAAAAGUACGAAAACUACGGUAUGACUUUAAAACAAAUUAUUGGUGUAUUUUGAUUGAACCAAAAGUCCACUUUUACUGUUAACAUAAUUAAUAUGUCUGACCGAUUUAAACUAGUUUAGGUACGUCUAAUUCAGUUAUCUGACAAAAAUCGCUAAAUGCAUGUACACAAAAAUGUAUAUUUAAUUUACAUGUAUGUAUUGCUUUAUAUUCCUUUUGGAAAAAAUGACGUUUAUAUUUACUAAAAAUUUGCAUGUGU